GCAGGAACACAAUCAUCAGAAAGUUCCUGCAGAGAGAGAGAGAGAGAGAGAGGGAGACAGAGAAAGCGAGACAGAGAGCGCGAGGUAAGGAGAAUGGAGAAGCGCAGCGGUGAAGAAGUGGAGGGGGUGACGGUCAGCAACAAGCAAGUGAUACUGAGAGAGUUCGUGAGUGGGUUUCCCAGAGAAGAUGACAUGGAAGUGAGGAGGGAGGAGAUGAAGCUCCAAGUUCCUCAUGGAUCCAAAGCGGUGGUGGUGAAGAAUCUCUACUUGUCCUGCGAUCCUUACAUGCGUCUCCUCAUGAGCCCCACCCUUCCCGGCAGCAUCUUCUCUGCUUACACUCCUGGCUCCCCUAUAACCGGGUUUGGAGUGGCCAAGAUUGUGGACUCAGGGAGCCCAGAAUUCAAAGUGGGUGAUUUGGUUUGGGGCACGACAGGAUGGGAAGAGUACAGCCUCAUCGCCGAUCCUCAAGGCCUCUUCAAAAUCGAGCACACAGAUGUGCCUCUUUCUUACUACACUGGCAUUCUUGGUAUGCCGGGGAUGACCGCCUAUUUCGGCUUCUACGAGGUGUGUUCCCCUAAGAAAGGAGAGUGCGUCUUUGUAUCGGCAGCGUCCGGUGCAGUUGGACAGCUCGUGGGACAAUUUGCAAAGUUGGUGGGAUGUUAUGUCGUCGGCACUGCUGGAAGCAAAGAGAAGGUUGAUUUGUUGAAGAGCAAGUUCGGUUUCGACGAAGCAUUCAACUAUAAAGAGGAGCACGAUCUCAAUGCAGCUUUAAAGAGAUAUUUUCCCCAAGGUAUUGAUAUUUAUUUUGAGAACGUCGGGGGCAAGAUGCUUGACGCGGUGCUCCUCAACAUGAGAGCUAGAGGCAGGAUAGCCGCAUGCGGUAUGAUAUCACAGUACAACCGCGACCCGCCUGAGGGCGUCACCAACUUGAUGCAUAUCGUCUACGGCAGAGUCCGGAUCGAGGGAUUCGCGGUGUUUGAUUACUUCGACCAGUACUCCAAGUUCCUGGACUUUGUGCUGCCUCACAUCAGGGAAGGAAAGAUAGUGUACAUUGAAGACGUGGCCGAGGGGCUUGAGAACGGACCAUCGGCACUGGUUGGACUCUUCAGCGGCCGCAAUGUUGGGAAACAAGUAAUAGUAGUAGCAAGAGAAUGAGAACGAUAACUUGUGUGCGUGCACGGAUCUCCAAUAUUGUAAUGAGAUUUCAGUCAGGGAUCGAUAUUAUUACGCUCUGUGCAAUUAAUUUGAUCGGAAAAUAGAUAAUAGGGGUGAUGAAAUUAUACAAUAUGUUUGAACUUUUUCUAUAUAUAUAUUUUCAAUUGAGUAUCUCAA